GAUUUCAUAAAAUUUUCUAUAAACUGCUCUAACUAGAUUUAAAAUGGCGGCAAUAAAUGAAAGAGUAAAUUAAAUAUAAGUAGAAAACAUUUUACAAAGUUUAAAUUAUAAUGACUCAUAGAUCCACUAAAUAGUCUCUUAAAUCAAAUCUGAAAUAGGUGAGAUAAUUAACUAUAUAGAUAUUAAUUAGUUCCAAUAAUUGCUUUAACCAGUUGAAUAAGAAAUUCCCAUAGAAAAAUUGACAUCUGAAUAAAUUUAUGCAAUUUAUGGAGAGUUUAAGUAAGCUUUACAUUUAUAGCACAUUGAAAAAGUAAAACAUAUAUUAAGUAUGCAAAAAAAUCUUAAAUCUUAGAUAAAUAUUAAAAAGAAAUAGAUUUAGUAAACAGAAUAGAUCCAUAAACAAGAUAAAUUUCAACAUUUAUUGCAAUAUAAGGGUCCGAUGAAGAAAUUUCACUUUAAUUACUAAAGCUGGUAUGUGAAUUAGGGGCAAAUGUAAAUUAUAAAGAUAAUCUUAAAUAAUCAAUCUUAUUUUAUGUAUGCAGAGAUGGUAAAACAAAACUGUUUGAUUAUCUAAUCUCAUAAUAAAUUAAUAUAUCAGAUCCUGAUUCAUAUGGUCAAACUCCAUUAUUUUAUGCAUCAAGAGAAAAUAGAAUAGAUAUAAUUUCAAAGUAAGUUUGAUGAUCAUAUUUUUUAGAUUAAUUAGAUAUGGUGUUGAUGUUGCUCAUUUAGAUUCAUUAUCAUGUUAAACAGCUUUAUUUUAUGCUGCAAGUAAAGGAAAUUAUGAAGCAUGUAAAUUAUUGAUAGAAGUAUAAUGAUUUUCAUUAUAUUUAGGCUGGGUGCCCAGUAAAUCAUUAAGAUAAUAAAAAAAAAACUGCUCUUUAUUUUGCAAAAUAAUCUUAGAAAAAAGAAGUGAUUGAUUUGAUAACAGCAAAUAUGGUAAAAUAAAAAGAAGAUACACAAUAAAAAAAGGAAGAAGUUGUUAAAGUAAUUGAAUAAUAAAAGCAAAUCAGAAAAAAAUAAAAAGAUGUACCAAAAUAAUAAUACAAAAUAUUACAUACAGAUGAUAAAGGACAAUAAAGAGAAUUAACAAAUGAAGAUUUUUCGAAAUUUCAAAGAUAAUAUCCAGAAAUAGCUUAAUUAAUAUUAAAUGCAGAUGAUAUUAUUGAUGAUAAUAUGAUAAAUUAAUGUAAAGAAGAUGAGACUUGGGAAAAAUUAGCAAAAAAAUUGAUAGGUAUAGAUAUAUAUAUAAAUAAAAUAUAAAUAUAGCUUAAAUAUGGAAAUCGAAGGGUGCAUAUUUCUUCCAUAAACCAGUUGAUUAAAAAGAAUAUCAUAUAAAUGAUUAUUUUGAAAUUGUUAAGAAACCAAUGGAUUUUGGAACAAUAAAAGUAAUAAUGAAAUUAAAUAAUAAAUUAGAAUAAAUUGAAUGUAAGUGCUUACAAAUCUUGCAGAGAUUUUCAUUCAGAUAUGUUAUUAGUAUUUGAUAAUUGUGCACUUUAUAAUGGUACAUAGAGUGCAAUAGGAUAAAUUGGAGUGAAUAUAAGAAAUGAAUACUUGACCCUAAAAGAUUAAUUUGGAUUAAGCAAAUAUUUGUGA